ACGUUUUUUUUUUUUACCAGGGAUAUCAAGGAUACUACAGUUGGCACACUAUCUCAACGUAUCACAAGUCAACUGAUGGGACUGAAAGGUCUACACGCUCAUGCCCAGGAUAUAAAUAGCUACCUACAGAAAGUCUCGUCGGGACAAUUACCUAUAAAUCAUCAGAUAAUUUACCAGCUGCAGGACGUGUUCAAUCUACUCCCCGAUGUUAACCUCCAACAGUUUGUGAAAGCUAUGUACGUUAAAACGAACGAUCAAAUGUUAGUGGUAUAUCUGGCGUCAUUAAUAAGAUCUGUCAUAGCUUUACAUAACCUUAUAAACAAUAAGAUUCAAAAUAGAGAUGCUGAAAAGAAUGAAGGAAAAGAUAUUACUAAGGAGAAGAAAGAAAAGAAAGACGAGAAAGAGAAAGAAUCAGGAAAAGAUGGUGAAAAGAAAGAUAAGGAAAAGGUGAAGGAUGCAAAGAAAAAAUGAACUGACCUAUAGGACUGACUUAUUUAAUAUUGUAACAGUUUCAGAGGCAUAUCUGCACUAUACUUAAACUUUCUUGAUAAAAAAACAACAUUUUUCAAAAGGUUGUAGUAAAACUACACUUUCUUUCUGUUUGUUUUUAAAACUUCACAAGUUAUCAGAUUUUGAAAGCAUUUAUAACUGUCAAACCUGAUGUAAUGUUGAAGAUGAAAAAUGAAUUGUAAUAUGUAAAAUAGUGCUAAACAUUGUUAUAGCUUUCAUUUAUAACAAAAUAAAAUUGAUUCAUACAUUUAAA